AUGGUAAAUUCUCUCCUUGCAAUACUUCUCGUUAUUAACACCAGCCGAGGACACCAGUUCGUUUUUAAUUAUCCAAAGGUUCCUCAAAGACGUGAUGAUAUUGACCAAGUUAGAAAAGAAAAUGAUGACAUUGGAGGCGAUGUGCUUGAAAACGAUGUAAUAACGUGGCCCUAUGGUGCAAACGAGGAUGUUGACAAAUGGUCGCUUCGUUCACGACUUGAAGAAGAGGAGGAGUAUGACAUUAAUUCAAACAAACAGACCAAUAAUAGUACUGGAAACGAUGACAUUGAACGCAAUGAAACAUUUAAUAAAUUAUUUGGAUUUGAAACUUGGUUAUUAGCGAAUAUUCUCUGUCCUAAAAAUAAUGGGUUGACAAAAUUCCAGCUUUCAAUUGAUGAUCUGACUUUUGUUGGACAACCUGUUUUUCUUAAAACGGAAGUUGAUACUAAAGAGAGAGAAACUUAUGGUAGAGAAAGAAAAAAGAAUGAUGAUAAUGAUAAUGGUAUAAAUUUAAAUGAAGAAGGAUUACAGGAACUGUCAUCUAGACUUGGUUGUUCUGAUGAGCCAAAUGAAGAAAUGCCUACUCAAAUAUCUUCUAAUGUUACAUCCGAUAAUAGUAACUCUUCUUCUAAUCAUUCUAUUCAACGGCAUCUACACUUUUUCUUUCAUCUUGUGUUUGUUCUUGAACCACCUGAAUUGGAUUUAUGUAGACAAGUAGAUGAUAUUUACAAAAAUGUUAUUACAAAAUUAACGGAAGCACUUCGAUAUGAACAAUUACGAUGUGACUUUGUUAGGAAAGAAGCUGAGUUAAUAAUAUCUUUAAGAGAAAAUCCAGGUGUCUCUACCCCGGACAAAUUGAUGGAAAUCAUAUUAGAGAAAAGUUCUUUAGCACGAUCAAUUUGCAAAGUGUAUUAUGCAAUUUCAACUGAUAAUAUUGCACAUAUACUUAUUAAUGACUAUAUUGAUUUAUCCUUACAAAUUCCUCCACUUUCUCCGACCAUUAAUCCUAUUGAUAAUACUGAUAAUGACAUGGUUAGGUAUGAGUAUGCUCAUUAUCCCGUUAUUGCUCCAUAUCAUACUCUGCUGCUUCUGGAAGAUCCAGAAGAAAUUCUUAAAAAUAUGCCAUUAGAUGCUAAUCCAACAUUGGUUCAGUUGGUUCAGAUUUUGACUCCUACACAACGAUUGGCCGACUUAUGUACUGUAUUAGAUUGUUCUUUAGCACAGAUAUUUCGAAUUGCGGCACAUUUGAUAUAUUGGCAAAAGGCUAAGAUAAUCGAUGUUAUUAGUGUUCGGAAUGUCUAUGUUGUUUCUUCUACCGCGGAUAUGAACUCGUUACCGACUUAUAUUGAAUAUUUUAAACAACACUUUCCUGCUUUGGAUCUUGUAACGAUUCUUGCUUCUCUCUCUACUCCUAAGCCAUACUUUAUAAAUGCUAUCACGUCCAAAGAGAAUCGCACAAUGUACCUUGAAGCUAUAACUUACUUGUUGAGAAAAGACCUUGUUGUACAAUUACACGCAUAUAUCUUGAUCAUGAUACCACAAUAUAUAAAGAAUGGAUUUACUCGGGCAGAGUAUGAAGAAAAAAUGAGAAAUUCUGGGAACAGCGAAGGUUAUGAUCAUACAGCUGUUGAUAUAUCUGUUCCCUCCUCCUCGGCAGGUGGAAGAGGAAUUGGUAAUUCGUCAAGCUCAAUGGAUGCUACCGCUCUAAUUUCCCCUUUUGAAAAGGCAUCAGACAGUGAAAGGGAAUGGUUAUACAGCUUCGUAACAAAUCAUCCUAAAGAAACUGUUACACUUUUCGAGAGAUUAAUUAAAUAUUUCAAUGGAAAACAUCAUGUUGAAGAGAUUCUCUUCCGUGAAACUAUAAAACCGAGAGAUUUAGGUAAAGUAUUAGGUUUGUUUAGCAAAGAUGAAUUGAUUACUGUUUGGUGUUAA